AAAAAAAAAAAAAAAAGUUCGCAACGUGACAGACAGCCUCGAGUUGCAGCGCGCGCGUUUCUAGUUCAGCUGCUGAAGGGCAAACAAGGAGGCACGCGACCAGAUCCACAGAGCCAGUAGGCCUGUCUGCUCACAUUUUCAUCCGAUUUGUUAUUGCAUCUCUUCGCGACCUUAUCACUUAUUUUAUAGAGCGUAAUAAAAACGUGGUGUGCCCCCGGAGAAACGUCAUCGUAUGACAGGAGAAGAGCGGCGUGGCGCUGGGCGCGAUUUCACUCAGGACACACAGCAGAGCUCCCGCGAGAUGCGUCACGGGAAGCGGCUCUUCCAAGCCAGCACGCGUGUUAGAGGCAUGGAGCCCGUCCUCACCGCCUGGAAGGAUUUAACCACUCUGGAUGUAUUUUUUCACCUUGGAAUAGCACACACAGGGGUCUUACAGUAAGCUAGAAUAUAUCCCUUAUAGCAACCUAAUAAUAACACUACCCAGUGGCCUAUAUCUCUGAGGGUUCUUGUAGAGGGAUUUCUAUCUCUAGGCUGUGUCUUCUCUUUGCAAUAGCCGGUAAUUGCGGAAAAUCUGUGGAUUUAUAACGGCGCACGCGACCUCCUCAGUGUGCAGAGGGACUGGACGUUCAUUUGGAUUGCGUGUGAUUACUGACUGGAGGUCGACUUGUUUCUGUCACAAAGAGCCGAGGGACGCCCGCGUGUCGCUCCCGCUUAAUGUACGCGGGGACUCAUUAUAAAAUUGAGAAAGGAGAAAAGUAACCAGGACUGCAAUCAAGGAACCGAGGAUCCAGCUAUAUAAUUUCGAGAACUAUUUUGGACUUACUUGGCAAACAGCAACAAUGGGCACAACGCUACAAGUUAUUCUGGGCAUGUUUCAGUUCGUCUCACUCGCCAGAAUGCCAACACACUGUGCCAAGGCACCGCUAGCUCAAUGGCAGCCCACACAGAGUCAUGGAUCAGGACAAGUGGUUAGAUGGAUGGAUGUGUAUCAGAGGAGCGGCUGCCAGCCCAGAGAGACGUUGGUGGAGGUGUGGCAGGAGUUCCCAUGGGAGACACAUCACCUCUUCCUGCCAUCGUGUGUGUCAGUGAGGCGUUGUGGUGGCUGCUGUGGUGAUGAGGCUCUUGAAUGCGUGCCCUUACACACGGAUACGCUCACCAUGGAGCUUAUGAAAACUACAUACAUGAAGCACGAACUGGUGCAGUUGCCCUUUGUAGAACACAGCCAGUGUGAAUGCAGGCCAAAAGCAACUCUUCAUACAGAGCCAACCAGGCAAGACUCACGGCCAAGGAGGAAAGGGAGGAAAAGGGAGAGGGGAAAACCAAAGCGAAAGAAACAUGUCAGGAUAAAACUGACGACUCCAGCACCUACUACACCUGCACCUCCUGCUCUCCCGACUAGCAUCUGCCCUUCUCCCCCCGCUGAAGAGCAAUGCCCACCCUGCCCCAUGCUCAGAAUGACAUCACAGCCACCGACGUGUGAGUGUACAUGCAGUCUGAGGGAGGUGAGCUGCACCAAGAGAGGCAAGAGACUCAACCAGCAGAGCUGCAGAUGCGAGUCCAUAAGAGUAUAAUGAAAUGAGGAGUCCUUCCUUCCCUGGUUACAAGCACUGUAUCUUCAUCCAUCUUUCGAGACGGUGUCUUUAUCGUGGAGUCGUAGAGCAGGAGUCAUCUCAAUGAGAGUAGUGGAAACUCCUGCCUCCCUGCCACUCACCUCUACACAUUUAGUGCAGUAUUAGAUGCAUGUAUUCAGCUCGGUAUCCGUGUCCCAGUAUUGGUGUGUGUAUACCGUGUGUCUCCAGAUUCUCAUCGCUAAGCCCCUGAAGCAUCAUGCUGCAAUGGCUUUGACAGCAAAUCAUGCAUAGUGGCACAAGCAACUAGUGGAGUCACAGGAAAGGCUUGUUGCAUUGAAGUGGAUUGGAUUGUUGUGCUAGUCCAUGCUACUACUCAGAAUCUUAUAAUAGAGCUAAUAGAUCCAUCACCCCACAAGACAUUUACCUGUGAAAAAAUGUCACUGGUUGGAAAGACUUCGCUCAUAUGACUGUGUUUGACUGAUCUGGAAGCUGGAAUUCACAGUUUUAUUGACGUUCAAGUAACAAAGGGAAUGUCAUUUUUUAAGAAAACCCAACACUUUGCAAAAAAGAAAAAAACAAAAAAAAAAAACAAUGUCCUAAAUUAGGUUGCAGGACAUUCAAUCAUUAGGACGUGUCCCAUCUGUCCCGCAUAUCCAUGAGCUGUGACUGACAGAGAGACUGGUAUUGAGAUGUGCUGAAUGGAUAGAUGGGCGUCUGUGUGGUCUGAGCAUAGAAUGAUAAGGAUCUGCGUGACAGGCUUGAUUUAUUCUCAGCCUCCAUAAGCCCAUCACAUGGCCUCCAGGACUGUAUCAAUGAGUCUUAUUGUGUUUGUUUGAUUUGCUUUUUGUCUGGCGCUUUCCUUUGGGAAUAAAUGAGACUUUCCCUCAGGCCAGGCAGUGAGGGGAAUGUCAAUAGUAAAGAGACCUGGCUAUAUUCCACUGCUGAUUGCAGCAAACACACAAACACUCACACACAUACAAAACAAACUCUUUCACAGACACACACUACUUUCUGUCUUACUUUACUUACUUACUUACUUACAUUAUUUUGAAAUUUCCCAUGUUUCUACCUCUGUCUUUUUGUAAUUUGAUAUCUUUCUCUCUCUCUCUCUCUCUCUCUCUCUCUCAUACAUAACAGGUGAUCAUAAGCUUUUCUUUAUUGAUACUAAGAGAAGAAUUAAACUUUAUUUUACAUGUUUAUAUCAUUAUAUUCAGUUGUUAUGUAAGUCUUAGUAAUAAUAUUGUAGCCUUACGUGGUUCAUUUAUAAAAAAAAAUGUAAUGGUGCCUUUGUUGUUUUGUGUUCUGUUAAUCUGUCUUAAAGCAUCAGCCUGGGUGGCCUGCUAUGGACACAUUCUCUGCCCCAGCAUGCAUCUAUGUGAAGGUCUGUGUUUAGUUCGAACAAAGGGGCAAGAAUAAUAAUAAUAAUAAAAAAUACAGCCCUGUAGCACAGCGGCACAUCUGUUAAAUCAAUCAAAUCUCAGCACUGAUAUAAACCAUCUGAGAUGUUUCUUUCUUAGUUUAAAAAUCUGUGGCAUUCUGCACUGACUAUAGGGUAUCCAAAAUAUAAUAUAUUUAUUUUUAUAUUGAGUUGCCUUUUAUAUCUAGCUUUUUAAUGUUGCUUUGGGGUAUUUUAUGUCACAUAUCACGUUAACUGUGAGAAUAUUAAUAUCAGAGGAGAUAUAAUUCAGUAUUUUGUUUAGAAUCACACAUUGAUCAUAGCCAUCUGUGAAUGCUCAGGUCUGUAAGUUUGAUAUUAUCUGGGAGAAGUUGUGAAUAUAUACAUAUAUACUGUACAUUUAGGUGAAGGUAACAGACAGUGGUUGACAUGAUAUCCAUAUGUUUACCGCAGUCACUUAACUACCUUGAAGUCCCAUCAUGUAGCAUAUCUGACUGAAAUCCAUGACUUAACCAAGGGAUAUUUUGCAAUAAUAUGAUGAAGAUAGUUAUACAUAUGCAAUAAUGUAAAUAGAAAAAGAUCCCUGGCUUAUAGUUCGCUUCACACUAUGGUUAUGGGUAAUUGUUCCAUUUGUGCUGUAUUAUGUCAAAUCUGUUAUCUGCUGUCUGAAGAGCCACCGUCCUGUCUUCUGCUUGGCUAAAUGUUUGUCUCAACUGAAAUGACUGUAAUAGCUAGGUAAUUUAUUCCAGACAUCAUAUUAUACCUACUGUAGUUUAUAUAUGUAUAUGUAUAUGUAUGUGUGUAUAUGUGUGUGUAUAUAUAUAUACACACACACACACACACACAUGCAUACAUAUACCGACUACCACACUCACUGUAAAGUUAAAUUUACUGCUAGUAAUUGUAAUGGAAAUAUAAUACGUAAAAA